AUGAAACGAUUUUCUCAUGGCCAUAGCUCAGAGGUCAAGGAAAUCACAAGCCAGCCUCCUUCGACAGUCGUCAAUUUCACCCUCCGUGAACUCAUCGAGUUUCUCCAACAGAAUCAGGCUAGCUCCUCGGUGUUGCAAAUGGUAUGUCCGUUGUUCGGAUCGCCAUUACCGUCUAUCGAUAUAAACAUAGACGUAUCGUCGGAGAAGACUGCACGACUUGAGCUUUCUCUAAGAGCGAGCGAGGCGUUGAUCAGCCAUAUUCGAUUAUCACGAGACCUAUUCAGAGAACCGGAAGCAUCGAAUUGA